AUGGCCAAAAAGAAAGUGACCCACCAAUCUCAAGCCCAAAACCUCAAACACUCACCCAUGGCCUCCGACGACUCUGUGUCAAUGCAGUUUCAGAAUCUCAAAAACCUCAACGCCGUCCUUCUCAAAGAAACCACACACCACCGCCAGCAGAUUGACUCUCUUAACUCCGCCCUCUACUGCUCCGCCGUCGCCUCCGACGUCGUUUCCGCCUUCUUCCAGAGCCACGCCAGGGAACUCACCCUCCGCCUCCAUGCUCUUCUCGCCGAUAACCAAUCGCAGAUUGCGCGUCUCCGAAGCGAGACCAAGCUCUUGGAGGAGAAUGCCGUUAGAGAGAGCAACCUUCGCCUCGAGGCUCAGGAGUUGCUGUCUCAGACACAGAGAGCCGUUGAGGAACUCAACCGUCAGAGAGACUCGGCGCUCGAUAGUUCUCGCGAGGCGGUUGCGGUUAUCGAAACGUUGAAGCGGGAGAUUGAUGAUGUCACCAGGGAGAGAAACGAGAUCCGAAGCGUGAACCAAGGUUACGAGAAGGAGCUCGCUGCUCUGACGCAUUUGAACGAGUGUUUGAAGAAGGAGGAGGUGUUCGCGCGUCAGAAGAUUCUUCAAGUGGAGGAGAAUCUCGGCCUUGCGCUGCAGAAGGAAGAGGAGAUGGCGCUGGAGAUUGGUGUUUUGCUGAAGGAGAAGAAGGAGAUGGAGAACACUGUUGAGGUGUUGACUCAGCAAAACUGUGGCGUUUUGAAGGAUCUAGAUGAGGUUCAGAGAGAGUUGAUGGAGAAGAAGCACGAGCUUGAUGAGGCGAUUAGACUGAGCGAUGAAAUGGAGCAGGUGAAGGUUAAUUGCGAGAGUGAAAUCGUUGAGUUGCGACGAUUGGUGGAUGAGUCUAGGGCGUCUUGUAAGAAGUUUGAAGAAGUGAACGAGCAAUUGCUUUCGGAAGUUAAGCGUUAUAGAGACGCUGUGGAUGAAGCUGUUCUUGAGAAGGAGAACAUGAAGAAGGUGUUUGAAGAGGAGAAUGAGAAGCUGCUGUUGGAAGUUAAGCGUUGUGGAAAUGCUGUUGAUGAAGCUGUGUGUGAGAAGGAAAGCAUCGAAAGGGUGCUUGAUGAGGAGAGGAAGAAAGUGGAGAAGUUGAAGUUGGUGGUUGCAGAAACCAAGGAAUCGAGUGUGAAAAUCGAUGCUGAGUUGGGUAAGGUGAAAAGUGAAAGAGACAAGCUUGUUGAAAAGGAGAAGAUGCUCGAAGGCAAUGUGAAUGUGUUGAGGGAGAAGAAUGAAGCAUUGCAGAGUAAGCUUGAAGAUGCACUGACAUUGUUGAAGACUACUGCUGCCACCCUUGUGUGUCAAGUCAAGGACAGAGGGGAGGAAGCCAUGUCUGAUGAGAAUGUUGUUGAAGAAAUGGACCCUUAUGUACAAGAACUUGAUGCAAUAAAGAAGGCAUUCAAAAGCAAGGAUAAGACUGUGGAUGAUAUGAAGAAGCAACUUGUGUCACUGAACCAGUCUGUGGUACGUGCACAAAAGAGUAAGAAUUUGUGGACUGUAAUAUCCUCUGCAACUACCCUUUUUGUUGCUGUGUUAACUGCUUAUGUUGCUAGAGGUCGCUGA